AUGAAGUUACCGGAGGAAUUUCCCUACUGCUUCUGGCACCCAGAUGUCCCAGCUGAACAGACUCUCCGUGAUCUGCUGGAGCGAUACCUUAGGAAAGACCUAUUGCGAUACCAGAUCGGCCGAGCAUGCGCUGCCGGAGGCUACACCUCACUCUACCUUGGGCUGGACUUGUUGCCGGAUGUCGCCAUUGCAGAGGUAGCUCGCGACAAUCUGGCCUCCGGGCAAGCAAUCUACGAGAGCAUCAUCGCAAGCCCGACCAGGUGGAACUGCAUGGAUGACUACAACCGUUGUCUACAUUCACCUCUGCGCCCUGGGGCGCAGUUGAACGGCGAUACCUGCCUUAUUCUCCCACGCCCUACAUUUGAUAUAACUGAGGACUGGUGCCUCGACGCCGAUGGCACAUUACCGUGGGCGCGGGCGGUUGAUCCUAAAGCUGUCCAGCUAUUUUGCGAACCACUGCCCGCUGAUCUACCCACUGUUGAUAAAGACCUUUUCAUCCUGAUGGCAGCAUGCAUGAUCAACAGCGAGAUGGAGUGCAUUGUUCGAGGAAUCUACCACCACCCUUUCUUCGCUAAGUGGUGGUUGAGGCAGGAAAAUGUGUCGCAGCACAUUCGAACGGCCAUCUAUGCCAGAUUAAUAAUGAAUAACGACUUGUCCUGGUUGAAUGAAAGUACGCCAGAUUCCGAUCUACCGAUUCUAAUAUGGCAUCCAAAACCUGCAAGCAAGUACACCUCCACCGAGUUGGCACGGCGCCGACCAUCGAUGACGCCGCAGAUUGCACGCGCUUGUAUAAAUGCCAACUAUCAAGACUUAUUCGACAGCUUGGAUGCAACCCCGGACAUAUUCCUCUGGGUCGAUGCCGAGAAGGUUCCAAAUACCUACUAUCUUAAGCAGAUUGAACAGAAAGCAAUGGAGCUGGGACUAGAUCGAUUUGAGCUUUCUGUGUUUGAUUCGUCCACUGAGUGCCCUGAGCAUAUGGCAUAUUUUUGGCCACAGAGACCUGACGUGACAGAGAUGUGGCCGAUGGCUUUGCUCGCCCAGGAAAUGGUUGGUAUCGGGUAUCACGAUCUCAACCUUGUGCGCGAGGUUACUGUCGACCAGGUUGGAUUCGAGGAGGAAGGCGAUGCUUUAGCAUCUGUAGUAGGGGGGAUCUUGCUAAUGCGUGCUUGGCAGAUCCGUCGAGACCUACCAUACGUGGAAUUGGAGGAAGACCGUAAGAUGGUGGGCUUGCGGCCGAAUCCACGAACAUCAGGGCUGUAUUAG